AUGGCGAAAUUAGAUACCCUGACGGAAGCCGAGCUGUCGGCGCAUCCCGACGAUGUGUUCGAGAUCCUGGAUUUGCUUGGCGAGGGGUCGCACAGAAACAUGCAUGUUUACACAUACGGAAUCCAACACAGAUACAACAACAAAGAGGUACACAUCAAAACAUUAGCACGCCCAGAAAUGUCUACACAAACUCAGACACAGACACGUACACAGACACACGCAGAGGCAUACAUAGAUACAAACUAA